GCGUAUUUCAAACUCUUUCUUCUUCCUCCUCGUGUUUUUGCCAACUCAUUUCCAGUUCCGUUACUUCUUCAAUUUGUAUGCAGAGAGUAAGCCGCGUCAUCCUCCUCACUCACUCUAUAAGUAUCACGCCACCCCCACAUAUACUUAUGAUUUCUUUUCUUCCUCCACCGCCCCCCGAGUCGAUAAGCAUAUAUCACGCAGCAGAUAGAUUACAGUCAGAUCAUCGUACGUUACCGAUCAACUUCCCUCCAGUGAAACUUACCUACAUUUUGGUCGAUUCAAGGGUAAAUAAAAGAGAUUCCCAAAAAUGAAUGAUCAAGAAUCAGAUUCUGGAUUCCUCAGUCUUUUUCAUGUAGACAAGUUCUUCUAUUAUUCCUAUGGAGAGAGUGGUCAGCCUGGAGCGGGAAAUGGUCAACAACAGUAUGCUGAUGAUGACACAGUUUACACCAAUGCUAAUGAGGAAAUUGCUCAUGCGUUUCAAAACCAGCUCUCAAUUACAGGAGAAUCUGGAGCUUACUUUACCGAAGGGUGUUAUCAUGGCCAGCAAUUCCCCAGUGAUGAUGGUGUCCAGUCAUGGCAGGUUACUGAUGACUAUCCAGAAUCUUCCUUUUUGGUUCAGCCAGGGCAUGCUCCAUCAAAGGAUCAUUUUUCUGGAAAUAAUAACGAAGAUCCUGAAAAGUCUAUUCGCUUUGGACCAUCUUCCUCUAGCCACCCUGCUGAAGACAGACGUUCAGGUGGUGAAGAACCCAACCAGGUGUUGGGAAUAAAAUAUGAAUCAGAGUUUGAUGCUGAUAUCGCCAGGCGGCUCAAUGAAGUUGAUGCUGUUCCACUCAUUCCUAGAAUAAAUACACAUAUACCCUCGGACGAUGAAACCACAUCUCAUAAAGAAAGGCUUCUAAAUAGAUUGCAACGUUGUGGCCUGGUUGAGAACAUAGUCGAAGGGGAUGGGAACUGUCAGUUCCGUGCUCUAUCAGAUCAGUUUUAUCGGAUGCCCGAACAUCACAGUUUUGUGAGACAACAAGUUGUUAAUCAGCUUAUGAAUCACCCAGAGAUGUAUGAUGCAUAUGUACCAAUGGCUUAUGGUGAUUAUCUGAAGAGGAUGAUGGAGGAUGGUGAGUGGGGUGAUCAUGUAACAUUGCAGGCUGCUGCUGACUUGUAUGGUGUGAAGAUUGUUGUCAUAACAUCAUACAAGGAGACUUGUUUCAUCGAGAUCCUUCCAAGGAUACAAAAGUCUAAUAGAGUCAUAUAUUUGAGUUUUUGGGCGGAGGUGCACUAUAAUUCUAUAUAUCCUCAUGAAGGAGGUAUCGACCACUUGGAUCAAGGGAUUAAUACUUCUGAGGAAGUCAACUCUAGCUACUCUGCUGCAGUUGCAAGUUCUCGUGUGGGAGACUUGAAGGUGAAGAAAAAGAAGUGGUGGAAUUUCUUAAAAAAGAAAUAGAGGUUGAUGUUGUAGAUUUCAACUGAAGCUUCUUGGCCCAUGUCAGAGAUCUUGCUGGUGCAAAUCCAAUCAUAUUAGUUGUGACUAAGGUGGAUCUUCUUCCAAAAGAAACAGACGUUAAUUGUAUUGGUGAUUGGGUUGUUGAGGCAACAACGAAAAAGAAGCGGAAUGUUCUGAGUGUUUAUUUAACAAGUUCAAAGUCUUUGGUUGGCAUUUGUGGAGUGGUGUCAGAAAUCCAAAAACAGAAGAAGGGUUCAGCUAAUCUUGGAAAAUCUGCAUUUAUCAAUGCUCAGUUAAAGAUGAUGUCAUACAAGGACCCACUGGCUGCUGCUGCAAGGAAAUACAGACCAAUUCAAUCUGCUGUUCCUGGAACGACUUUGGGUCCAAUACAGAUUGAUGCUUUCUUAGGUGCAGGUGUAAGUAUUAUUUCAAUAGGCCAACUUUUGUAACAAAUGUUUUCAAUAAAACCGUAAAAUAGAAAAAGUGUAGUGAUUGAAGAAUCUGAUGUUCUGGUGAACUUUUUUGGGCCAGAGUUAUUGUCCAACAAUUGCCUAACAAAUUCCCUGUUGCAAUGGAAUAGACUUUUCUUUUACCUGUUUUCUGCAAGUUGUGCAUAAUUUGGCUGUCCAAAUCGUAUUUUUUCCUUUUAGAAAAUGUACAAUACUCCUGGAGUCCAUCUCCAUCAAAGACAAGCUGCAGUGGUUCAUUCAGAGGAUCUGCCUGCUCUUGCUCCUCAAAGUCGGCUUCGUGCCUAAGAUAUUUUAUUCUGACCAUAUUAAAGAAUAAAAAAGUACCAUGUUUUUCCUUUUCCCUUUUUGCUUAAUUCUUUUGUUAUUGUGACUAGGACUCUCAGUUGGCUUUAGACAAACUGAUCGCUGAUCAAGUUAGAUCCAGCGGUUUGACUGGAUUCUCUAUGUUCUGGGGAGGUCUUGUGCGAAAAGAUGUUUUGAAGGCUCUUCCUGAGACACGGUUAAUGUUUUAUGGACCAAGGCUGUGCAAAUUCACAUGGUGCCUAGUGAGGAAGCAGAUGAGUUUUACCCUGUAAUGUUGAACUCUUUUGGCCUUGACUGUUGAAAUUGAUGUGAACCACUCUUUCAGUCAUGAUAUAUUCCAAGUCUGAUCUCACUCUCCUUUCAGUUUUAAAGAGAGAACUUGGAAACCUACUAACACCCCCUACAGGAAAAGAGAAGGCAGAUGGCUGGCUGGGACUAGAAACAAAACGUCACAUCCAAUUGAAGUAUGACAAUAUAGAAAGGUCUGGGAUGGAUUUCUGUUGAACCUGUUGGCAUUACGCUCAAAUAAUCUAAUAGUUGGAUUGUAGAUGAGACUUUUGGGGAGUUAAUUUUGGUUGUUCAUGUUCCUAAGCCAGUUGAGAUAUUUGUUCGGCCACCAAUGCCGGUAGGGAAAGCAGGAGCAGAAUGGUACGAGUAUAGGGAGCUAACAGAGACUGAAGCUGAAGUCAGGCCUAAAUGGUUCUUCUGACCAAGAUCACAUUUGCUACCCGGGCCGAUCCCGGGCCCACCUAUUCAGAACCGGCGGCCCGCCCGUUCCUAGGCCCGGCCCGGACCUGACCCAGCCCGAAUCCAGCCGUGGGUAGCAACCGCCUUGAGUUUUUCUGAUAUUAGACAACCCAAAACGAUAAUAUAAAAAAGUGGAGUUCUUACAAAAGUACGGCCGUGCAGUAGGAGCAGUGCAAGGGUAGACAAUUUUGUCUAUCUUCUUGUACAAAAGUGUUUUGUGAUUGUUUUGAGUUUCCAUGUAGAGAUUUGAGUUUUUUGCAAUUGCUAUGCAUAAUUGUUUCCAUGGAUUUUUAGGAUUAUUUUACUUGUAUGCCCAAACUUAAUACGACAUAGGUGUUAAAGUAUGCAAACUCAUAUAACUCUUCUGUCAUAACAAAUUUUAAAAUGCAUUCACACUUCUGUCUCAAUACAUUAAUCUUUCAGCAUCUGAAAUUGACAAAAGAUUUUUUAUUUUGUAACUACUAAUGCUAAAUAUAAUUUUAUAGAUAAAUAUGGUAAUGAAAUAAAGGAUAAUACUUAAAAGUAUUAAGGAUGUAUACAUACUAAUAUGAAUAUGAUGUAUACAUAAACUGAUAAAAGGCUACCUAAAAUUUUGAAGCUCUCUAAAAUGCCUACCAAAUUUAUAGUUAGACAUGCAUAUGAUUUUGUAAUUGGCUUCACAUUCUGAUUGAUAUCACCUGCGUCAUUUACUCAUUUACCCAAGUCAUUGAAUAGUAGUCUUCCUUUGUGUAUUAAGUACUUGUGUAUUAUAAUGUUUUGCUACAAAAUGCAAAUGGAUGUUACUGUUAAUCAUUCAAUGUUUUUUUAGAUGAUAAAAAUCACUUAAGUUCUGAUGGGGGUAGUAGUUGCAAUGAAAAACAAAACAAAGUUGAUUAUGGUGAUGUUGAAAAUGUUAUUCAAGGAAAACGUGAAACACAGGUUUGACACGUGAUGACAUAUUAGAGGUUUAGAAUUUGGUUUCUUUGCUGAUGGGGUACACCCUCAUUGAGGGCAAAUUGCCCGACUUAUUUUAAUUUGUAGAAAGUUUGAGUAGCCAUUUUCCAGCUUGUCAACUAUUUAUUUUUACCAAACACUUCUGAAUUAUUUAAUAAUGAAUUAAAGCAGCGCUAAUCGUACUUUUUUGCAGAAGUAAUUAUAUUUUCCUUUUAUGAACAAACAAUAUUUUACUACAUAAUAGUUUUCCUUUUUAUUCAAGUAAAUUAGCAAUUUCAGCAACUGCAUCAAUAAUCAAUAUAAGAUAGUUUCAGCAAUUUCAGUUUGAUAAUGAACCGGAGAAGCUGGCUUAGCCUUAUUUACAUAAUUACAUGAUGAAUCGACUGUUGUGGUAGGUCUAUUAAGGUUUUAACUGAUGACAAUCCAAGAUACACAAUGGAGUGUGCUGAUGUGGGGAUAAAGGUUCUUCUCUUUGAUUAUGAAAAUUCUUAUCCAUGGUGCAAGACUGAUGUAAUUGAAGGGCAUCCUUUGGUUACAAAAGUUCAUAAUUGGGAAGAACUGGAGCAACAAUUGGAAGCGUGGAUUUUUCCUGUAAUCAAUGCAAAGUAGGUUAGAUUGAGUGAGAAGACAUUCCUGGAGAACAUGACACUAAUGUAGAAGGAAGUGGAGAUGAUGAAAAAAAAUGAACAACAUUUACAUUGCGGUGAUGGUCACACAUCAAAAGAGGGUGAAGAAGAUUUGAAUUAUGAUAGUGAUGGAAAACUAAAGGAGGUUCACAGACCAAAGAACCAGCUGUCACCAGUGGCGGAUCCAGAAACUUUACUUAUUGGGGGCAUAAGUAGAGUGAUAGAGAAGACAUUUUUGUUAAGGAGACCAGAUGUUAGAAUACACUAGAGUCAAAUGUUUAUAUUAGAACACAACGGUUAAUGAUUAUACACAAGUAUUUGUGCAAGUGCAUACUUGUGUAUAUAGGCUUGAGCCAAAAAAUGAACGGGUAAGGAGGUGGAAGCCCCUCUAACCCCUCUAUGGCUUGAGACGUGUAAUCUCAUAGAACUCAAACUUAUAAUCAAUUCCAAG